AUGGAUUCUAGAGGGAAUGACUUCCAAUCUCUAGUGUUCGACUUCAUGCCCAGGUACAGCUUGGACAGGUGGCUGCAUCCAAGAAGCAAUGAGCAGACAGACAAGUUAAGUCUUAGCCAACUGUUGAACAUUGCAAUUGAUGUAGCAGAUGCACUAGACUAUCUUCACAACAGUAGUUGUCCAACAGUGAUCCAUUGUGAUUUGAAGCCUAGCAACAUCCUCCUUGGUUGUGACUGGACUGCUUAUGUUGCUGACUUUGGGAUUGCAAAGCUCAUUGAUGAAUCCAUGGACCAAUCAAAUUUGAAUAUUGGGACUGAAAGCACUAUUGGCAUAAGAGGAACCAUUGGAUAUGUUGCUCCAGGUGGUCAGGCAUCAGUUGCUGGUGAUGCCUACAGCUUUGGGGUUACUCUGCUUGAGAUGUUCACAGGGAAGGCACCAAAUGAUGGUAUGUUCAUAGAUGGCUUGACCCUGCAGUUGCUUGCUGCGGAAGGGUUACCUGAGAAGAUAUCAGAAAUCAUUGAGCCAGAACUAUUGCAUGAUGAAGUGUAUGACAAUGGUUCGGGGAUACUCAGUUCUUUAGCUUCUGUAGGAGUUGGAAUUUCAUGUUUGAAGGACAACCCGUCAAACAGAAUGAACAUGAAAGAUGCUGCUGCUGAGCUGCACAGAAUCAAAGAGUAUUUGCAAAAAUCCCUUAGGAUUUAA